AUGGCGGCCUCCUUAGCACGGACCUGCCGCUUCUCAUGCCCACCUCUACCUCACAUCUCCCGGGUCCGCUGGGCUCUGUCCGCCCCUCUCUCCUCCCGGCUCCACUGCUCCCCCUCCUCCCGCAGCGGACUCCUACACCAGCUGAACAAACGCGGGCUCAUACAGGACUGUUUCCCGGAGCGAGCUGGCCAGGGUGCCCUCCCGGAGCUCCUGGAGUCCGCCCCCCAGACUAUCUACUGCGGCUUCGACCCCACCGCUGACAGCCUCCAUGUGGGGAACCUGCUCGCCGUGGUGGGGCUACUGCACUUCCGCAACGCCGGGCACCACGUCCUGGCUCUCCUCGGUGGAGCCACGGCCCACAUCGGAGACCCCAGCGGGAAGACGGCGGAGAGAGAGCCCCUGUCCCCGGAGGACGUGGAGGCGAACACCCGGAGCAUACGGGAAAGCCUCCAGCGGAUCUUCACCAACUACGAGCUGAAUUUUCACAGCUGUGGUAAGAAGCUGGGCACGGUGACGGUGCUGAACAACCUGAAGUGGUACCAGGACUGGGACGUGGUGAGCUUCCUGUCCCGUGUGGGGAGACACUUCCGGAUGGGGACCAUGCUGAGCCGCCACAGCGUCCAGUCUCGGAUGAAGAGCGCGGAGGGGAUGAGUCUGACUGAGUUCACGUACCAGGUGUUCCAGGCGCACGACUUCUAUCACCUGAACCAGAUCUACGGCUGCAGGAUCCAGCUGGGAGGCACGGACCAGCUGGGCAACCUCAUGUCUGGACACGACUAUAUCCACAGAGUGAGUGGGCAGGAGGUGUUCGGCCUGACCGUCCCACUGGUCACCAGCUCCGUCGGAGACAAACUGGGGAAGACGGCGGGCAACGCCGUGUGGCUGAACCGGGACAAGACCUCCCCGUUUGAGCUGUACCAGUUCUUUUUACGACAGCCAGACUCGACCAUAGAAAGGUUCCUGAGGCUGUUCACCUUCCUGCCGCUGGCGGAGGUGGAGAGGCUGAUGCAGCAGCAGAGGGAGGAGCCCGGGAGGCGUCUGGCUCACAAGAGACUGGCUGCGGAGGUGGUGAAGCUGGUGCACGGGAAGGACGGGCUGGAGAGCGCCAAGAGGUGCACAGAGGCGCUCUUCCACAGCAGCGUGGAGGCGCUGGAGAACAUGACGGACGAGGAGCUGCGCGAGCUCUUCAGGGAGGCGCCGUUCCUGGAGACGCUCUUCGAACCCGGGACCACGGUGCUGGACGCCUGUCGCAGAGUCCACGCCAUCCCUGAGGGUCCGCGAGGACAUCGGAUGAUCUCUGAGGGCGCAGUCCACAUCAACCACCUCCGAGCCGACGACCCGGACCGAGUGCUGGUCCCGAAGCUGCACAUCCUGUCCAACGGCCUCAGCCUGCUCCGAUCGGCUUCUCCUUCCCUUCCCCACGCCACAGUCCGCGUCCCGAUCGCCAUAUUGGGCACCGAUGCUCAGUCCGCAGACUUCGACCACUACCGGACCUACCACGGGAGCCUUCUCCACCGACUCCCAGACCUCCAGGACCACGCUUUUACGCCGUUUUGCCAGCGUCACCAGCCCGCCUUGUUUGGGACUUUACACCGCUGGGCUCACGGGAGGAGAGGAGACUAG